CCCCCGCCGUCGCCGACGCCCGAGCGCCGGAGCCCCGGCCCCGCCCCCCGAGCGCCGAAGCUUGUUCGCGGCGGAGGCUGCGACCCUUUUCUCUCAGUCUUCCUUCCUACCAUGCCGCUCUACGAGGGCCUGGGGAGCGGCGGAGAGAAGACGGCGGUCGUGAUCGACCUGGGAGAGGCCUUUACCAAGUGUGGAUUUGCUGGAGAAACUGGUCCAAGAUGUAUAAUUCCUAGUGUGAUAAAAAGAGCUGGGAUGCCUAAGCCUGUCAGAGUUGUUCAGUAUAAUAUCAAUACAGAAGAAUUAUAUUCCUACCUAAAGGAAUUCAUCCACAUACUAUAUUUCAGGCAUCUAUUGGUGAAUCCCAGAGACCGCCGAGUUGUGAUUAUCGAGUCGGUAUUAUGUCCUUCUCACUUCAGAGAGACACUCACUCGUGUUCUUUUCAAAUAUUUUGAGGUUCCAUCUGUCUUGCUUGCUCCAAGUCAUCUGAUGGCUCUUCUGACGCUUGGAAUUAAUUCUGCCAUGGUCCUAGAUUGUGGAUAUAGGGAAAGCCUGGUGUUACCCAUAUAUGAAGGAAUCCCAGUUCUAAAUUGUUGGGGAGCACUACCCCUAGGAGGAAAAGCUCUUCACAAAGAGUUGGAAACUCAACUAUUGGAACAAUGUACUGUUGACACAAGUGCUGCUAAAGAACAGAGCCUUCCCUCAGUGAUGGGUUCAGUUCCAGAAGGUGUCUUAGAGGACAUUAAAGUGCGUACUUGCUUUGUAAGUGAUCUGAAGCGAGGACUAAAAAUCCAAGCAGCAAAAUUUAAUAUUGAUGGGAAUAACGAGCGUCCCUCCCCACCCCCAAAUGUUGACUAUCCGUUAGAUGGAGAGAAGAUUUUACACGUCCUUGGAUCAAUCAGAGAUUCAGUUGUGGAAAUUCUUUUUGAACAAGAUAAUGAAGAGAAAUCAGUUGCCACUUUAAUAUUGGAUUCCCUUAUACAGUGUCCAAUAGACACCAGGAAGCAACUAGCAGAGAAUUUGGUAGUCAUAGGGGGCACUUCUAUGUUGCCAGGAUUUCUCCACAGAUUGCUUGCAGAAAUAAGGUAUUUGGUAGAAAAACCAAAAUAUAAAAAAGCCCUUGGCACUAAGACAUUUCGAAUUCAUACUCCACCUGCAAAAGCUAAUUGUGUGGCCUGGUUGGGAGGGGCUAUUUUUGGAGCAUUACAAGAUAUACUUGGGAGCCGUUCUGUUUCAAAGGAAUAUUAUAAUCAGACGGGCCGUAUACCUGAUUGGUGUUCUCUCAAUAACCCACCUUUGGAAAUGAUGUUUGAUGUUGGGAAAACUCAACCACCUCUGAUGAAGAGAGCGUUUUCCACUGAGAAAUAGAAGUUUGAUUAAAAAAUCAACCUUGCUUCAUAUUAAAUAUUUAACCAAUUAUAAGCAAAUUGUACAAAGUAUGUAGGAUGUUUUGUUACAGAGGAGUAUAGUGGAAGUGAAAGCAUCCUGUGUUUACUCUUUGCAUUAAUAUAUAAUUAUUUUGACUUUGUUUCUCUUGUGUAUUGGUAACAUGGUAGCUGGUGCUUACUGAAAUCUGUUGUGUUAAUAUCAAUAAAGUAUAGUAAAGCAGUUUGAUUUUG